AUGCCAAUAAGAGGACAGUUUGAAAACAAUUCUUCACAUGAAGAGUUUACUCUUUUGGGACUAGUGACAACACCAGUUUUGCAGAAGCUGCUUUUCAUAUUGCUUUCUGUCAUCUAUAUAAUGACGCUUAUUGACAAUGUCAUGGUCAUUGUCAUAAUCCAACUGGACUCUCAUCUUCACACACCCAUGUAUUUCUUUCUUCUUCAUUUGGCAUUGACAGAUAUCUUAUAUACUAUAGCUGUGUCCCCAAACACUUUGAGAAAUCUUUUAGUUGAGAACAAGUCAAUCUCAUUUGCUGGCUGCUUAAUGCAAAUGCUUAUAUUUAUUAGUUUGGGUGGUACUGAGUGCACCCUCCUUGGCAUAAUGGCUUAUGACAGAUAUGUUGCAAUAUGCCACCCUCUACUAUAUAAUACAAUAAUGAAUCAGAAAGUGUGUAUCUACUUGGCAAUGACCUGCUGGGCUAUUGGUCUGCUUAAUUCAUUAGUGCACACAAUUCUUACAUCAAGGUUAACAUUCUGCAGAGACCAUUAUAUACAGCAUUAUUUCUGUGAAAUAUCCUUUAUCUUGAAACUCUCCUGUGGGGAAACUCAUGUGAAUGAAAUCAUGAUAUUUAUUUUAGGGGGAGGUAUUAUAGUGAAUUCUCUCAUCUUAACAUUCGUAUCAUAUGCCUUUGUAAUUGCUACAGUCAUUAGGAUCCCUGGGAAAACAGCAAAAUACAAAACAUUCUCCACCUGCACCUCACAUAUAACUGUGGUCAGCAUAUACUUUGGGACUGUGGCCUUCAUCUACUUACGACCUGUAUCACAGUCUUCUUCUGAUAUAGAUCGAGUUACCUCUUUGGUUUAUGGUCUGCUAACACCAUUUUUAAAUCCUAUUAUAUAUACUUUAAGAAAUCAAGAAUUUUAUAGAGCUUUUCAGAACUUGCGGGGCGUUUAUUGUCUCAGUCUCAGAACCAAAUGA